CAGUAGUUGCUCACUCGGCUGCUUGUUGUGUCUCAGUUUUUCUUUAUCGAGAAGUGUUCAUAAUUUUCAUGAAAAAUAACGGAAAAUGUCGUGUAACUGUAAAAAUUUAUAUUGAAUCGUUCUGACUUAAUUAAAAUAAAUCAGUCAGCGUGUACACUUAGUUAUAGUGAAUUAUGUGUGUUAAACAUAACAAGACGGGAAUGAAACAUACUUGGGCUUUGUAGUAAUUAAAUAAACAGAUAUCGGCAAUAAUGGAGCAUGCCGAUCUGGUGUCAGAAAUGGCACAGGUGGAGCAUCUCACAACGCAGGAGAGGCUUCACCUAGCUCGCAGACGGCGCAUGCAACAGCUCAAGAUAUGGCAGCAAAGGGAAAAGGAGUGGGCGAGGAUCAAAACGAAAAGAGAGAAGAGCAACAAGAGAUGUAUAUACUUCAGUGAUAGUGUGAUGCUGCUUGAGGCUGCCGCGAGGAAUGAUAUCGAAGAAGUGCGACGUCUAUUAGCCCGUGGCGUGACGCCAGACGCAACAAACGAAGACGGUCUCACAGCGCUCCACCAAUGCUGUAUAGACAACAACGAAGCCAUGAUGCGUCUCCUACUAGACCACGGCGCGAACGUAAACGCAGAAGACAGCGAGAAAUGGACGCCAUUACACGCGGCAGCUACUUGUGGCAAUCUCAAUCUGGUUCGAAUUUUAAUACAACGGGGAGCUAAUCUUCUAGCAGUUAAUGGAGAUGGAAACAUGCCAUACGAUAUAUGUGAAGAAGAAAGAACGCUAGAUGCAAUAGAAAGUGAGAUGGCCGCUAGAGGAGUGACUCAAAGACUCAUAGAUGAAACGAGAGCAGCUACGGAGAUGAAAAUGCUUAUGGAUGUCGCGGAAAUGGUCAAGCAGGGGAUGGAUCUGGAUGAGCCGAGAGAUAACCAAGGUGCGACUUUGUUGCACAUAGCGUCCGCGAACGGUUACAUCAAAGUAGUGGAGUUCCUUCUAGAGCAUCGGGCGUCCACCGACGUGGUGGAUCAUGAUAUGUGGCAGCCGGUGCAUGCGGCCGCUUGUUGGGGACAUUUAGAAGUAUUAGAACUAUUAGUACAAUAUGGAGCUGAUCUCAAUGUAAGAAAUAAGCACGAUGAAACACCUGCAGAUAUAUGCGAAGAAGGCGAGAUGCGUGGCCGUAUAGCUCGUUUAGCGGCAGAACAAGAGGAAGUACGGAGACGCGCAGCUAGCGGUGCGGGCGACCGGCUGCGGACUGCACGACGGUCCAGCUCUACUGCUUCCACUAGCAGGGUGCGGUCGGUGCGUCGUACGUCACUGCGCGAGAAACAGCUCGCGGCGAAGGCGGACGCGCGGGGCGAAGCGAGACUGCGGGAGACGUUCGAUUCCGCUGUCGAUGAUGAGUAUCAGGGUUUGGCGAACGGCGUCGACAACGAUCCGAACACAAGUCUAUCAGCUGACAUAUCCAACACGAGACUGUCCAUCAGUUCAACGACCUCCAACCAGAGCUACGACUCUGAGAACGUCGACUACGCCGUGCCCAAACAGCCCUACCCGCGUACACACCGCACGAACGACACCGACGCGAACGAAACCCCGUACGGCCAGCCGAAGAUUACGAACCCCCUGUUCGGUGUGAACGCGGCCUCGCACUACUCGCCGGCGCCCAUACAGACCAUACAAGAGAACGAUGGUAAACAUUACGAACGAACUCUGCCCAACGGCGUAAGGAAAGCACCCGAGGGCCAAGACAACGAGGCGUUCAAGAACGAAGACCAGCUCGAUGGUAGGAAAGAGGUGGUAAUACCAAACCAGAUUGCGAUCGCCGACGGCAGUACGGCGACGUACACGACAGACAAUAAUGGUAAAAUCAAUGUUCAUGUCACCGUCAUGAUUAACGCAGGAACGCUAGCGGAUUUGAAGAAACAACGCGCCCAAAUAAGAACAAACGGCAGUCCAAUAGAGUCUUGUAUGAAUUCAAAUAACCACAGUCUAAGUUCGAUACCAGAAUCGAAACAGGAACAUAACUCAGUACUAACGCCUAGUACGGGCGCAGUGCCAAGGUUUUCAGGGCACACAAGCGAUGUCGUCGGCGAUACUAAGUCUCAUCGGUGCUGUAUAAUAAUGUAAUAAAAAAUAAAAAACAGAUUUCAAACUGAUGGUACUGAACGUUCUAUGCUCUGUGGUCUAUGGCUUUUAUUAUCUGUAAAUGUUGUUUACCACGUUUUUACUCUGUGACCACAGCCUAUGGCAGCUUUUA